CCCGUAAAAUCCGGGCAGCUUAGACCCAGUUCUCAGGAACAACAACAAAGUCAGUAACUCACUACUGCUGCACACUAUAUAAACCAAACCAUACGCGACGAAAAUCAUCUACAUUUUGUCAUCUUUCUCUCUCCUCAACUCUCUUUUUUGUAUUCUCUGUGGAGUGAAAGUCGUGGAAAAUGUGGAGAAUGAUGCGAUCUACGGCGGCGAAUCUCCGCCGUAUGCGGCGGUUUUCGGCGGCGGCAGCAAUUCCAGGUCCUUGUAUUGUGCACAAACGUGGUGCUGAUAUUCUUCAUGAUCCUUGGUUUAAUAAGGACACUGCAUUCCCUUUGACAGAAAGAGAUCGUCUUGGGCUUCGUGGACUCCUGCCACCUCGUAUUGUAUCAUUUGAACAACAAUAUGCCCGUUUCAUGGAAUCAUAUCGUUCAUUGGAGAGAAAUACAGAGGGACAGCCAGAUGGUCCUGUAUCUUUGGCAAAAUGGAGGAUUCUGAACAGACUGCAUGACAGGAAUGAGACAUUAUACUACAGAGUCCUUAUUGAUAAUAUCAAAGACUUCGCUCCAAUUAUAUAUACUCCAACUGUAGGGCUGGUGUGUCAAAAUUAUUCUGGUUUGUUCAGACGUCCACGUGGAAUGUAUUUCAGCGCUAAGGAUAAGGGAGAGAUGAUGUCCAUGAUCUAUAAUUGGCCAGCUCAACACGUUGAUAUGAUAGUCGUUACAGAUGGAAGCCGUAUUCUUGGCUUGGGAGACCUUGGAGUUCAGGGAAUUGGUAUACCAAUCGGGAAACUUGAUGUGUAUGUUGCUGCUGCAGGAAUGAACCCGCAAAGGGUACUUCCAGUUAUGCUUGAUGUGGGUACUAACAACCAAAAGCUUCUUGAAGAUCGUCUCUACUUAGGACUCAGACAACCUCGGCUUGAAGGGGAAGAGUAUCUCUCAAUAGUUGAUGAGUUCAUGGAAGCAGUUCAUACACGGUGGCCCAAGGCUAUAGUGCAGUUUGAGGACUUUCAAAUGAAAUGGGCUUUUGAAACUCUGCAAAGAUAUCGCAAAAGGUUCUGCAUGUUUAAUGAUGACAUUCAGGGAACUGCUGGUGUUGCCUUGGCUGGACUGCUGGGUGCUGUCAGGGCACAAGGUCGUCCAUUGACUGAUUUUGUGAAACAGAAAAUAGUUGUGGUUGGAGCUGGGAGUGCAGGGCUUGGCGUCCUUAACAUGGCGGUACAGGCAGUUAACAGGAUGGCUGGGUUAAAUGGGAUCCCAUCCAAACACCAAUUUUACCUAAUAGAUAAAGAUGGGCUUGUUACUAAAGAGAGAAAGAGUUUAGAUCCGGCUGCUGUGCCCUUUGCUAAACAUCCAGAAGAAAUCGAGGGCCUUUGCGAGGGAGCCCAACUUGUUGAAGUGGUAAGAAAGGUCAAGCCAGAUGUGCUUCUUGGUUUGUCUGGAGUUGGUGGUAUCUUCAAUGAAGAGGUGCUGAAGGCCAUGCGAGAAUCAGACAACCCUAGACCUGCUAUAUUUGCAAUGUCAAACCCUACCCUGAAUGCCGAAUGUACUCCUGCUGAUGCUUUCAAGUAUGCUGGAGAGAACAUUGUUUUUGCAAGUGGAAGUCCAUUUCAGAAUGUGGAUCUUGGGAAUGGGAAAGUAGGUCAUGUCAAUCAAGCAAAUAAUAUGUACCUGUUUCCUGGGAUUGGGUUGGGAGCUUUGCUUUCAGGCGCUCGCUUAAUUACUGACAACAUGUUGCAAGCUGCUGCUCAAUGUCUUGCUUCCUACAUAACAGAUGAGGAGAUACAGAGAGGCGUUUUGUAUCCAUCAGUCGGAAGUAUACGAGAAAUUACAGCAGAAGUUGGAGCUGCUGUGCUGCAAGAAGCUGUUGCUGAAGACUUGGCUGAAGGCCAUGGUGAUGUGGGGCGUAAAGAGCUCCGGAGUAUGUCAAAGGAAGAGACUGUGGAAUACGUCAAGCGUAGUAUGUGGUUUCCCAUCUACAUCCCUCUUGUUCAUGAGAAAUGAGGCCACGAUAGUUAGCCCUUUCAUCUGCCAUAUCAGUUGGCAGUUAGGCUCAGAAGACGAAGUAUGUAUUAUUUCAAAAUGGAACGGAAAAAGAAAAAUGAAAAAUAUCGGAAGGGAGUUGUGAAACUUUUUUGCCAGUUUCAUCCGUUUGUAUUGAAACUGUUAAGACUAGGAUUCUUCACUAUGUAGAAUUAUAUCUUCAGGAGAUACAGUUUGGGGUCCAUCUUCCUGUAAAUUGUUUGUAAGCAGUAUGCAGAUGCAGUGUAUUGUAGUAUCCAACUUGUAUUUUUUAUUGUUAUAUACAUUAAACUUUCCCAUACUAUGAAAACAAAUAUCCCCAUUUUGAUAA